CUGGACAUUGUUUAUUUUUAAACUAUAUUGUCAUUCUUUAUCUUUUCUUUAUCUUUUGGUUGUGUACUUUAUCUUCUCUCUUUUUGAGCAUAGUAAUAACUUCUGCAAUUUCUUGGGUCAGCAGAUCUUUAAUUACACACGCACACACAAAAAAAGCCUCGCCACUCACCUCCACAGGCUUCUUUCUUCGUCUUCUUAGAUUAGGAAGUCCUUUGGAAAGCUAGUAGUUUCAGCUCAAAGAAAGGUAUGUCCUCAAGAAAUGAAAGAAAAUAGGAUAGAUCUUUUCAUUAGUAUUAAGUAUCAUUAGCUUGUGUGGCCCAGGCUCUCCAAAAAUGUUGUUGAACUUAUAUCGGAUCUUUCAAAAAUGCACAACUUUGGAGGAUCCUACAAACAUUUUUGAAAAGUUCAAGCACCAUAGCCCUUAUCUACACUAGCUUAUGAGAUCAUAUGUUGGAAAAUUUAAUUUAGGGCGUUCAAGACAAAAUGCUUUUUCAUUUCUUUUUUUUUUUUUUUUGGUCAUUUUUGUGACUGUAGUUUUGAUGUUUUCCUAUAGUGUAACAGUGGUGUGGUGCUAAGAUGAGGAAUUCUGAAAAAUACACAGGUCUUUGUUUUCAAAGCACUGCAAAAAGAAGCCUUCUUUCCCUCUACUUCUGACAAUUGAACCAAGCCCUAUUUGUAGCUGAAUGUGAUAUAUCAAACCGCUAAAAACGCCUUUUUAUAUAUGUACUCACUCUUAUAUAUCAUUAUAAAAGCCAACGUAGUGUGUAAUCAUGAUCAAUGCGAAGUACAUCUAAAACCAAUGUCUUCAUACAGUCCCCCCAAAGCCCAAGAACCCCCAACAUACAGCUCAUAGUAUUAUCUACUUCUAUUUUUUUUUGGUCCACUUCUGAACCCUAAUUCAAGUUCCAAAUCCACAUAGAAAAUUACCCUUUCUUGUGGUUUAAUUUCUCUCUCAAGAAAAUUUGAAUCAAGAAAUAAACUUUCAAAGCUUGGAUUUUUCUUGAUUUUGAGGAUUUAUUUGAGAAAGGUAUGAAAGUGAUAUUACGGAGAUGGAGGAGAUUCAAACUGAAGAGUGCAAAUUUCCAAGGAUCAGCAACAAGGAGGAUAAGCAGUACCAAUAUGAUGUAGAUGAUGCAGGAGAAGUCAACAAGUGUACUGAUCUUGGUGGCAUUGGAAAACUUUAUGGGUGGCCUUCAUCAAGAAUUGUUAGAGAGUCUCGUGCAUCCGGAGGGAAAGAUAGACAUAGCAAAGUAUUGACUUCAAAGGGGUUGAGAGACAGACGUGUUCGCCUCUCUGUCAACACGGCGAUACAGUUCUAUGAUUUGCAAGACCGGCUCGGCUGUGAACAGCCAAGCAAAGUUGUGGAGUGGUUGCUAAAAGAAGCUGCUCCUUCAAUCUCUGAGCUUCCACCUCUCGAGGCAUUUCCUGAUACACUGCAGCUCAGCGACGAGAAAAGGUCUAGUGUUGGAACUGAGCCGGGUUUUGAUUCAGCUCAGGUUGAAAUGGAUGAUGAUCCAAAUUACAAUCAGCAACAGCAACAAGAGAAACCUUGUUGUAGCAAUUCUGAGACAAGCAAAGGUUCUAGAUUGACACUUUCCAGAUCGAAUAGUCGGCUCAAGGCACGGGAGCGAGCAAGAGAAAGGGCCACAGAGAAGGAAAAAGAGAAAGAAAACAAGUCUUCUGUUGUUGCUCAUCACCAAAAUAUGCACCCUAUCUCUUCUUUUACCGAGCUACUGACAGGUUGUAUGAACGAUAAUAACAGUGACAACAAGAGUAACACAAGUCCUAAUGGCUCCAUUCAUCAAAACACACCGAGGCAAUGGUGUACAAAUCCCUUGGAGCAAUUUACCUCAGGACUAUUAGGUUCAUCAACUACUCGUGGAAUCGACAACUCUACUGGCUUCUCGGGCCAAAUUUAUUUUGAAAAUCCUCAACAGCCAUUACUAGCAGUUUCUUCAUCAAUGUUUAGUAUUUCUAGAGACCAUCAACCUGAGCUGCAGCAUUUCCCAUUCGGCAGUGACAACCUAGUCCCGGCUGUGACCUCCAGUCAGAGCAAUACUAGUAACAAGUACAAUUUGAACUUCAGUUUAUCUUCAUCUGCUUCUGGUUUCAAUAGGGGGACCCUUCAGUCCAAUUCUUCCUCUUCGCCGUCUACUUUACCUCACUUCCAGAGGCUUUCUCCUACAGACGGAUCACAAAGUUUAUUUCAUGGCACCACAACUGAAUAUGAUGCUCGCUUACAGCUCUUCUAUGGCAAUGGCUAUGGACACUCAGAUCAGAAAGGAAAAGGAAAGAACUAAGUUCACUGAAAAGCAAAGUUCCUUUACUGCCCAUCUUCAUCCAUGAAUUGAUCGUUGCUACUAGUUGGUGUUUACUGAUUGGAGGGAGUGGAAAUUAGACCAGAGAUGGCCGGAGCUAGAAGUGCGACGAUGGUUCCACGGUGGGGUGUUUCAGAUUCAAUAGAAACGGUGCCUAUAUGGUGUUGACCGACGGUGGGUAGUGUUUUUCCGAUAGAAUUUCGCUGAAAAUUCAAACAUGAAGGUUCAAUUUAUUUGGUGUUCUUUUUGGGUGUUAUUGGUUAAUGAUUUUUUUAAAAAAAUUGAUAGUAGUAAGUGUUACUGUACUGUGUGUAAAUAUCAUUAUAGGGAUGAAAAUAACAAGUCUAUUA